CCGAGCAGUGGGCGCUCGGUGCGCGGCCUGCCCGCCCGCCCGCCCGGCCUCCCCCACGCACUCCUCCCCGCACGACGGGCAGCAUGUGGGGAGCGAGCUCGGGGUGGGCGGCCGAUGCGGUCUCUUUUUUUGUUUUUCUGGGCUGAAGUGUCUAGGAAACAACUGAAGCAUCCAGAACAUUAACAGGAAAAUUGUUUCACUUACUUGUGCUGGAGGGUGUUGUUCCACUUCAAAGGUUUCAGGAUUUUAUUGAUGACUUAAGAAGGAGCUGAAAUCUGGCAGGGACUGUUCUUCUAAAGGAAAUGCUUCAAAGAACAUCAGAAGAUUGUUUUCCAAAGAUGGAAACAUCAGUUGAAGAAAUGGAUACCUCUGAUACCCAGUGGGGCUGGUUUUAUUUGGCUGAGUGUGGUAAAUGGCAUAUGUUUCAGACUAAUUCAAACAGUCAUUGCUCUGUUAGCAGUGAAGAUAUUGAAAGGAGCUUCCAAACAAACCCACAUGGUUCUGUUUCUUUUACUACUGCAAAAUUUAACUACACUCUGGACUUUUCAGUGAUGAAACAAAUCAACCUAACUACCCUUAAGCAACGUCCAAUAAAGAGAGCUCCCUUUUCUGUCAGUGCGUUCAGUUUCAUCUGUGAAAAUGAGGCUAUCCCUGUGCCUUCACACUGGGAGAAUGUAAAUACUGAGGAGCCAUAUCAGCUUAUUCCAUUGCAAAAGAAAACAAAUGAAUAUAAUGAAGUUUCUAGUCUCUUUGGAAAAACAAUGGAUAGCCACCGAAUUAAAAGAAUUAAGAGAAUACAAAAUCUAGACUUGUGGGAGUUUUUUUGCAGGAAAAAAGCUCAGCUAAAGAAGAAGAGAGGUGUCCUGACUAUUAAUGAGCAGAUGUUAUUUCAUGGCACCAGUAAUGAAUUUGUAGAAGCAAUAUGUAUUCAUAACUUUGACUGGAGAAUAAAUGGGAUGCAUGCUGCUGUAUAUGGAAAAGGGACCUAUUUCGCAAGAGAUGCAUCAUAUUCCAGUCGCUUCUGCAAAGAGGACAUAAAGCAUGGAGAUACUUUUCAAAUUCACGGUGUGAACCUGCAGCCUCCUCUGCACAGACCAGAUAAAGUCAUGUUUCUUGCUCGUGUAUUAACUGGUGACUAUAUCAAUGGUGAUUCAAAAUACAUGAGACCGCCUUCAAAAGAUGGAAGUUUUGUGAACUUGUAUGACAGCUGUGUGGAUAACACCUGGAACCCAAAGAUCUUUGUUAUCUUUGAUGCCAACCAAAUCUACCCUGAGUACUUAAUAGAAUUUUGUUAAGUUUGAAAGGAAUUGAACUGAAUAUUGUUUGUGUCUUUUUUUUAUAUAUAUAUAUAUACCUUUGUUCCUUUUGUAAAGACAACAAUAUAAAAACAUGAAGCAUGAAAGGAGAGAGGUGAAAGAAAAGCUGACAUAUGUUUGUGGAGGAGGGAAGCUAGUAAAUUUUUAAGACAGAUUAUCUGUUUUGAAAAAUCUUGAAACUUUUACUGGUACAUUUUUCAAAUGUAGAAACCAUUACAAAUGUGAAAUUGCUUAGUAAGCCUUAAAUACGUUGGGCAUUGGUAAGUUUUCAAAGGCAAGAUUUCUGUUUUUAUUAAAUACAUUACAAGGAUUUAUACAUGUGGUAGAAAGAUACCUGUAAUAUAGUAUGCAUAUGAUGAAACUAAUAUUUUACAAAGACUGUCUGUAGAGCAUAAAAAUAACGAAACUACAACCAACAACAAAAAUGCAGGGGACUUGGCUACAUUUGUCUGUUCUGUAGUACACAUUUCUUUCUGUUUGGAGGUCUCUUACUUUGCAUUCUAAACUGCAAAAAAAAAAAAAAAAUCCAACUGGAUAAAACUGAUGAAGGAGCUAUGAAGUUCACCAGUAAUCUUUUAUGUGUAUUUUUAGGUACAUUUUACUCAUAAGUUUCAGUUACAUACUUGCAAAGCUUUAAUCAUACCAACCCUAGCCAUUCUAUUAUCCUAUGAUUCUCUGUACUUGCAAGAUUACAAAACCCUUGCACUAGGAUCUGAAAUUCGAUUUUGAUGGAAAUUAUGCAAAUAAGCUCUUGUGGUUGUUAAUUGUUUGGAAUGUAACUGUUGAACUCAGCGUUGGGAUGUCAGCAGUGCCAUACACCUUUCUGAGGAUGAAAGCAUCUCUUCCUUCUCCUUAGAGCUGUUACCUUUGCCUGCUAGUGGAUCUUGUGCAAGUUGGGUGUCUGUUUCUGUUUAUAAUAUCAUGGCAGCUUUUCCUGUUGUUCCUAAACCGUUUAGGGGCUAAGAACCAUUUUCCUUUAUUUCAGUGCAACAGGAGGUAUGGUCCUUGAUCCCAGUUGGGAGCUCUAGGUUCUACUGUUGUAAGCAUGAUUUGUGUUUGGUUCACUACUAUGCUAGCUGUGCAAAUGGCACAUUGUUCUGCACGUUGCAUAAAAUAUUUAAUAGCAAAUCAUGCAGGGAAUUUAUGUAUUGCUGACUCCUUUUUAUUCUUACACAGUAUUCUACAGAACAUGCAUUUUAUGCAGCGAGCAAAUGUAUGUGAUAUUCUUCCUUUGAUUUGGUCUUUUAUUUCUUCUGGGGUCUGAUCUGACCUUUUCAGUUAGGAAGACUGAAGUUCCUUUUUUAGUGUCUCCUGGACAUAAAAUACCAUAAUCUGACUCUUCCAAUUGUUGUGAGAUGGUGUCUUGUUUACUUAACUUACUUAAAUUGAUUGGCAGAACCUUAAUCUUACUGAACUGCUGUGAAGCUGUAGUUUCAGCUCUUUUAAUGUCAUGUUCUGCUUUCUGGUGUUCAUUGUUGUGCUGAUCAGUCUUGCUACUCUAGUUGUCUGUAAAGUAGCCAUUCUUUUGCUCGUAAGGGGAGAGAGAAAUAUUGCAAGCAAAGUCUGGAACUCUACAAGUAGCCAAUACAAGAAAUAGUUGGACUUAAUAAAAGGAACAGUGAGAGAAGAAGGAAGGAAAAUAAUCUUGGAUGGGAUGAUGUAGCGUUAAAGAAAUGAAAAGGGAUUUGGUCUGAUUCUGGGGAAGGAAACCUGUUAUAUUCUGUUACCAUUUCAUAUAGUGAAACUUUAUGGACUAUUUUUUUUUUAUACCCUUGCAAGAGAGUAUGUUAUUCUCUUAGGUGUCUUGAUCUGAGGUAAAGCUUUCUUACUGAAUUAUUCUUGCUGCAGAAUGUUUUCACAUGGUGUGCUGGUUUGGUUUGGUGGGUUUUUUGGUAGUGGGGGAAGAGCCCCAUGGGGGGCUCCUGUAAGAAGCUCCCUCAUCUCCAAAAUCAGGGAGCCAAUAGAGACAAUUGCAUACGAAAGAACUGAGAUAAGACCUGAGCAGAGCAAGCUGUUGAAAAGAAGUGCUGAGCUGGAGGGGCAGAGCUGUGCUUGUGGUUGGUGAGGAAGAAGGGGAAGAAGGUGCCCAAGCAGAAGUUUCCCUGCAGCCCAUGGCGAGAUGGCAGCUGUCCCCCUGCACUCGUGGAGGAGCGUGGUGGAACAUUCCCUGAAGGUGCCAGGAGGGGUGAACUUGGAUUUGCUGCCAGUGGAUUUGGAUUAUGCAGCUGUGGAAGAUGCUGUGGCAGGAGUGGAGACUGUUCCCGAAGCAGCCCCUGACUCUGUGGGAAGCCCAGGCUGGAGCAGCUCUGGACCUUGUGGGAAGGACUCAUGAAGGAGAGGUUGGUGGAGGACUCUCUGCCAUGGGAGGGACCCCGUGGGGAAGCAGGGCAGGACUGUAAGGAAUCCUUCUUCCUGAGGAGGAAGGAGCAGCAGGAACCACCAGCCUGUGAACUGACUCUAAACCCCAUCCCCUGUCCCCCUGUGCCGCUGGGGGGAAGGAGGGAGAGAAACCGGGAACAAAGGGAUUUGGGCCCGGGAAGAAGGGAGGGGUGGGGUAACAUAUGCAAGCCCUGCUCUGUGUGUGUCUGUGUCCUUGGUGUGUGUGGUUAGUGUGAAAUUAAAUUAUUAUUUUUUCCCCAAGUUGAGUCUGUUUUUGCCCAGGACCUUAAUCGAUGAAAAACCCUCCUUGUCUUUUGUCUCCACUGCAUGAGCUUCUAGUUGGGCUUUGUCUGCUCCAUCCCAGUGGGGGGAUAGGGCAGGCACAGACGGGCAGAGCUGAGUGAGUGGCCACGUGGCUGUUUCUUUGUUGUGUUAGGCCCAAACCAAGACACUGGGACACAACAUUCAGCAUAAGAUGGUCUUAUUUCUGAGCUCCUUGCUUGCCUUGCUCACUCUUGUCUCCCUGACAGGCACCAUUCUUACCCCAGUGGCUCCAGUAGCUGACACAGAGACUCUACUUGCUCCAGUCACUGGCACCACAGGCCAGAGGUGUCCAUCUCUGGUCUGUCCCCAGGCGGUGGCACACAUGCCACUCAGGCACACACAAGUUUCACCAGUAGCUGGCACCAGUUCCUUGUAGCACACAUUUGCAAAGGAUAGAGACUGACUGUAUGCAGAGAGAUGCUCAAGAUUAAUAAGAUUCAAGAAGCUAAGACAGACUGCAGUGAUCAGUCAGAUAAGCAUACUGACCAGCUCUGUUGUACAGCUGACUGCCCCUUCUUACAUCCCUGUCUGCCUGCCUGUGUUCCCCCCCUACUCCCCUUCCCUUGUGCAUCUCCCACACCCUGUGUCUGUACAGUUCUGUAGUUUCCCAUGCCCCUUGAAGUCUGGGGCUCCCUGGUAUGCAAUAAUACCAGUUGUAAAGUCCAGACUGGUCAUCCUAAAAGUGGCACCUGUGGUUUCUUGAUAGCCUACUAACAAGCAUGAGUGGCAAGGUUUGUUCCUUGUUCCCAUGCUUGUUCUGUCAAGUCUGUGUCUCAGUGUAUGUUGUUUCUUGUUUUCCCUAUUUUCCCCUUAGUUUCCCACAUGACAGAUCCACAGUCAUAUAACUUGAUGGAAUAAACUUCCUCACACUCUUGCAUGCUGUUACCAGUGGGCGUGCCUGAACAGGUUUGGUUCUCAUCACUGUCUCCCUUACCAUGUCAGUCAGAUUUGUAUCCCCAUGUUGUUCAUGGCUUUCUCCUUUUCUUACUGUCCCUGUUGCAUUGUAAAAGGUCCUUGACCAGAUACCCUUAAAGGAGCAGGCACUCUCACAUACUCUUACAGAUAAUUGUGCUACAUAACAUGUCCUGCAAUUCUGGUCCCACAUUUGUCCUAACUUGGGGAUUUAGUUGAAGAGGUCACAUUUCAUUUCUGUGGUAAUGAAUGUACGUAGUAGGAUUGUUUGCACUGAGUGUUCAUCCUGAUGCUUGGGGAAGAGAGAGCCAAGGUGAACAGAAGGACUGGAAGCUUGCAAGUUUUUUGAGUGGAUCUUUGAAUUUUAAAGGACCCAUGUGAAAGUACAGAAGUAGGAGAGUAUUUGAUGUAUAGAGAAAUAAGCAAGAAAGAAAUUGCAGUGUAAUGAAGAGAGGUUGUAGGGUAUGGGAAAAGGAUAAAGAAAAGAAACUGCCCAUUUAGCGGUGAUACUGGAAGCUUCACUCAGACUGUGAGGAGUGAGGCAGUGGCAGCGGUACCUUUAAAAGAAUGCACUAGAUUGAGAUGGACAAGGGAGUUCUGGGAGCCAGGGAAGCCUGAGGAAGACUGGGAAGACCCAAAAGGAGUCUGGAAUCAGCAGCUCUUGAGAGAGAGGUGAGAUGCUGACAUGGCUGGGGGCAUGGCCAAGGCCACCAUGAGAUAUUUAAAAGUGGCCAUCGCAGAGCAUGCUGGGCAUGUGGGUGAGCACAGGGGGAGGAACAGCAGCUCUGCCUGUUCAACAGAUGAGCCCAGUGCUGGGCUGCUACACCCAGGGGCCUCACUAGCAUGUCCAGUUACAUCUGCCUCCCCCCUCAAGCCUAGUUUAAAGCCCCCCAAUUUCUUGCGCAAAGACUCUCUUCCCCCUUUGAGAAAGAUGUUUUCCAUGAGGUGCCAGCAAGCCUGGUGCUGUAUAGGCCAUCCUGUUGUCAAAAAGGCCGAAACUGUUGUGGUGACACCAGCUACAGAGCCAUGUAUUAACAGACUGUAUUCAUUGCCUGCAACUGGAAGAAGAGAGGAAAAUCAAACCUGUGCCCUAGAAUCCCUUGCCAUCCAUCCCAGUGCUCUAAAGUCUCUUUUGAAUAUUAUUAGAGUACAAGUUUCAGCUUGCUCUCCACCUACCUGGAAGAUAAAUAGUGGGUAAUCGUCUAAGGACCAUAGUAAACUAGGAAGUGUCCUAGUGGAGUUGCUCUUUGUGUGAGAGAGCAACCAGAAUGCAUUGAGCUGUAUCGGGGGGGGAGGAAGAACUUGUUGAAAGCUUGGGGGUAAGAAUAAAGGGACAUGCAAAUGUGGGCAAAAUUGUUGUGGGUGUCUAUAAGAGACCAUCAAACCAGGAAGAAGAUGUUGAUGAGGCCUUCUACAGACAGCUGGCAGUAGCCUGUAGAUUAAAUGCCUUAGGGCUCAUGGGUGAUUUCAGUCAGCCUGAUACUUGUUGGAAAGCCCACACAGCUGGGCAUAUUCAGUCCAGAAGGCUCUUGCAGUGCAUCAGUGAUAACUUCCUGAUGCAGGUAGAAGAAGAACCAACAAGGAGAGACCUCAUUGGACCUUGUAUUAGUGAACUACUAGACCUUGUAUUAAUGAACAAAGGAGGUCUGAUUGGGAACAGCCUUGGUAACAGUGAUCAUGACAUGGUAGAGUUUAGUAUUUUACAAGGAAGAAGCAACCUUGGACUUUUGGAGGGCUAAAUUUGUACUCUUCCAAGAUCUGCUUGCAGGAAUCCUUUGGGCUAAGACUCGAAGGUAGGGAGGCCCAAGAGAGCUGGUUAAUAUUCAAAUGUCACUUCCUCCAAGCUCAAGAUAGGUACAUUCCUUGGAGUAAAAAAUCGGGUAGAGGGGGAAGGAGACCUGCAUGGAUGAGCAAGGAGAUGCUGAAAAAAGUAAUUUGGAAGAAAGAAGUUCACAGUUCAUGGAACAAGGGACUUGUCAGUUGGGAGAACUACAGGAAUAUUGACAGGGUAUGCAGGAAGGCAACAAGGAAGGCCAGAGCCCUCUUAGAACAAAACCUGACAAUGGAAGUAAAAGAGAAGAAGGACUUCUUCAAAUGCAUGAGUAUACAUGAGGAAGUAUAGGGAAAUUGUGGGUCCACUGCUGAAUGAGGUGGUAACAGAGGAUGCAGAGAAGGCAGAGUUGCUGAAUUCCUUCUUUGCUUCAGUCUGUACUCCUAAGACCAGCCCUCGUGAAUCCCAGACCUCGGAUGUAAGAGAGAAGGCCUGGAAGAGUGAAGACUCUCCACUGGUCAAUAAGGAUUGGGUUAGAAAUCAAUCAGGUAAACUGGACAUACACAAAUCCAUGGGCCCCGAUGGGAUGCAUCCACAUGUGCUGAGAGAGCUGGCUGAUGUUGUUGCUCCACCACUCUUCAUGAUUUUUGAAAGAUCAUGGCAAACAGGAGAGGUGCCUGGGGACUGGAGGGAAUGAAAGAAAAUCCAGAAAACUAGAGACCAGGCAGCCUCACCUCCAUUCCUGGAAAAGUGAUGGAGCAGCUCAUUCUGGAAGUCAUCUCUAAGCACAUAGAAGAGAAUAAGGUUAUCAGGAGUAGCCACUACAGAUUCACCAAGGGGAAAUUGUGUUUGACUAACCUGAUAGCCUUCUAUGAUGGUGUGACUGAAUGGACAGAUGCAGGGACACCAGUGGAUGUAGUCUAUCUUGACCUUAGCAAGGCUGUUGAUGCUGCACUGUCUCCCAUAACAUCCUCAUGAGCAAACUCAGGAAGUAUGGGAUACAAGAGUGGACAGUGAGAUGGAUUAAGAACUGGCUAAACAAUAGAGCACAGAGGGCAGUGACCAAUGGUGCAGAGUCCAGCUGGAGACCUGUAACUAGUGGAGUCCCCCAGGGAUCAGUGCUGGGUCCAGUCCUGUUCAACAUCUUCAUCAACAACAUGGAUGAGGGGACAGAAUGACCCUCAGCAAGUUUGGCUGAUUCACCAGAAGGCUGUGUGGCCAUUCAGCAAGAUUUGGAUAGACUGGAGAGCUGGGCACAAGAGGAACCUAAUGAGGUUCAAGAAGAGCAAAUGCAGAGUCCUGCACCUGAGGAGGAAUAACAACAAGCACCAGUACAGAUUAGGAGCUGACCUGCUAGAAAGCAGCUCCAUGGAGAAGGACCUUGGAGUCUUGGUGGACAAUAAGUUAUCCAUGGGGGAGCAAUGUGCCCUCGUGGCCAAGAAGGCCGAUGGUAUCUUGGGGUGCAUUAAGAAGAGUGUAUCCAGCAGGCCAAGGGAUGUUCUCCUCCCCCUCUGCCCUAGUGAGAUCACAUCUGGAGUAUUGUGUCCAGUUCUGGGCUCCCCAGUUUGAGAGGGACAGGGAGAGAGUCCAACAGAGGGCUACGAGGAUGAUUAAGGGACUGGAACAUCUGUCUUACGAGGAAAGGCUGAGAGACCUGGAGCUGUUUAGUCUGGAGAAGAGAAGACUGAGAGGGGAUCUUAUUAAUGUUUACAAAUAUCUGAAGGGUGGGUGUCAAGAAGGAAGGGCCAAUCUCUUUUCAGUGGUGCCCUGUGAUAGGACAAGGGGCAAUGAAUGUAAACAAGAACACAGGAAGUUCCACCUUGAAAUGAGGAAAAGCUUCUUUAUUGUAAGGUUUAAGGAGCACUGGAACAGGCUGCCCAGAGAGCCUGUGGAGUUUCUAUCUCUGGAGACUUUCAAGACUCGUCUGGAUGGGUUUCUGUGUGACCUGCUCUAGGUGGUCCUGCUCUGGCAGGGGGUUGGACUCAAUGAUCUCCAGUGGCCCCUUCUAACCCCUAACAUUCUUUGAUUCUGUGAUUCAGAAAUGAAUCAGUUCCAUGCAAUACCAGAAAAUGAGUUUCUUCUUCUUGUGUGUUUUGAGCUGUUAGGAGUUUGAUAAUGGUGUCAUGUUAAGGAUGGCAAAUCAUCUGGUCCUGGCUGUUUGAAAUUUACUUGCAGACAUUUAAAGAUUAAUUUACAGCUUCUGCUCUUAGAGCGUGCUGCAAAAGAGAUUGUGACUCCACUGCUAGAAACAACAGUCUUAAGCUUCGUUCGUCUCUGCUACUGACUUUGCUAACUAGAAAUGUCAUUAAUUUCUGAAUUCAUAUUUUGCCUGCCUAUUGCCUUAGACUGUCUGUGAGAUCUUUUUUUUCAGUAUUUUCCUUUUUAGAAAGAAGUAUUUUACAAUUAGAUAGGGAUGAAAGAAGUAUUAGAAAGGAUAAAUGUGUCAGCAUUUGGGGAAGUUGCUUGGGCCAUAUGUUGAGAGUGUGCCUAUCAGGAAGGAAGAUAGUAGAAAUUACACUCUGCUUCCUAUCGGAAGCCAAGAAAAGUUAGAUUCAUUUCCUGUUUCAGUCUGCUGGCCAAUAAAUGCCAAUUUUUACUUAGAGGGAAUGAAAUAAUUUUGACACCACAGGGAACAACCUUAACUGUUCUUUCUCUUUAAUAGGGCUCUCAGAUAAGAUUUUCUUCCCUUUGACUAAUAAAGCAAUGUAAUAUGUAAACCAUAA